AUAUAAUACCUUGUAUAUAUUAUUUACUUCCAUCUUUCAUUGGACAUCUAAUAUAUCCAUAAUAUUACCAAAAUUCGGAAGAAUUUUCAUGUUCAAAAUGAGAAAUUUUACUUGGUGUAUUACAUUAUUAAUUUGUACUUUACUGGUCAACAAUAAUCCUCUUGCAGAUAACCACUUAAGAAUAAUUGGUGGAUAUGAGGCUAAGAUAGAGGACCAUCCAUGGAUCGUUUUACUUGAAUCAAAAUUGGGAUAUUUUAGUUACUCCUGCGGUGGUUCUCUGUUGAAUGAAGAUACGGUUCUUACAGCAGCUCACUGCUUUAAUCAUUCUAAACAAUGGAGUAUAUAUUCUAUCCUAGCAGGAACUCAUGAUAUAACUCAGCCAGGAAUGAAAAUUCAAGUUAAAGAUGUAAAAAUACAUGAAUAUUACCGAUCUUCCAUGGGUAUAAAUAAUGAUAUAGCAAUUGUUAAGUUAGCACAAAAAGUUGAAUUUUCCAAUAAGAUCCAACCAGCCCGUUUGCCAAACCAAGAUGACCAAUUACCGGAAGGGGCGCCUCUUUUAGCUGCUGGUUGGGGAAAAACUAAGAUGAAUGUUCCCAAAGGAUCAGAUGUUCUCAAAGCAGUAAGAAUGGAAGUACUGCCGCAGGAAACUUGCACCAAUGAAGGCUGGUUGAACAAGGUGAUCUGUGCGGGUGAUAUAAUAAACGGUGCUGCUUAUGAGGGCGACUCAGGAGGUCCUUUAGAAUAUGAUGGUGUAGUAGUAGGUGUCUCAUCGUAUGGUGUGGGACCCUUUCUAUGUGGAGCAUUUACUAGUGUCGCUGAUUACCGUAGAUGGAUAGACGAAACCAUACAUGCUUUCUAAUUUAUCUGCAGUAAAAUUUCUUUGAUAAUCGGAUUAUGGAAAUUUGUUUCUGCUAUGAAAUACUUAUGUAGAUAGUUAAUUUCUCAAUAUAUUUUGAUUCAAACAGCAA